UGUGGUAACCAAUGGAGAAAUAAUACAGUGUUCGAACAGCUGCUGUGCCAUCGCCAGACCGUCUCUCGCAUACAACGUAACGAACCCGUCGCAAUCCCUGAGACAAUGACUACGCCACCUCCGGUUUUGUGAUAUGAGAUGUGAGGAAGAGGAAGUGAUGCUGUAACUGCAGAGAGCUACCAGUUUUUACUUUAGUGGUCGUUAUGGCCAUUAAUGUUUUCCCUUACUGGCGUCCCGGGGCACUAUUACGACGUUUAGUGCAGGAGAAGCACUGAAGCGAGGCCAUUACCAUGGAUUCACCAUGUGGAAGAAGCUUCAUGCAAGUACUUAGUGAGAAAUACAGCCCAGAGAAUUUUCCAUACCGAAGAGGCCCAGGAGCUGGAGUACAUGUCCCUGCAGGACCACAUGUAUCUCCUAUUAAGGAUCGAUUGAAUCUUCCUAGCAUUCUUGUCCUCAGUGGCUGUGGUAUCACAUGUGCUGGAGAGGAGAGUGAGAUUGCUGCCUUCUGCUCUCAUGUAUCAGAGCUGGAUCUCUCUGAUAACAGACUUGCUGACUGGCAGGAGGUAAGCAGGAUUGUAUCUAAUGUUCCACAGUUAAAAUUCCUGAAUUUGAGCUCAAAUCCUCUGCAUCUAUCAGUGCUGGAACGAACGAAUGCUGUAACAUUUUCUGGUAUCCGUAAGCUGGUCCUUAAUAAUUGCAAAGCAUCCUGGGAAACUGUGCAUACAUUGCUUCUGGAGUUGCCAGAGUUGGAAGAGCUUUUCCUGUGCCUUAAUGAUUAUAACACAGUCUUGUGUUCAACUGUCUGCUUUCAAUCGCUGAAGUUGCUUCAUAUAACUGACAAUAAUCUUCAGGACUGGUCAGAGGUCAGGAAAUUAGGGAUAAUGUUUCCAUGUCUGGAUACCCUCAUUCUAGCGAAUAAUAAUAUUUUAAGCAUUGAGGAUACAGAGGAUUCACUUGUGCGACUUUUUCCAAGCCUCCGGUUAUUAAGUCUUCAUAAAUCAGGUCUAAAUUCCUGGGACGAUAUUGAAAAAUUAAAUUGUCUGCCAAGACUUGAAGAAGUCAGGUUAUUAGGUAUUCCUUUAGUUGAACCAUACAGUACAGAGGAGCGCAGAAAACUGGUUAUAGCAAGAUUGCCGUCUGUUUCCAAACUGAAUGGCAGUGUUGUCACAGAAGGCGAAAGAGAAGACUCCGAAAGAUUCUUCCUGCGCUACUAUAUAAAUCUCCCAAAGGAAGACGUUCCAUUAAGAUAUCAGGAGCUGGUGACAAAGUAUGGCAAGCUGGAACCAUUGGCAGAAGUUGACCUUAGGCCACAAUGUCGAGCAAAUGUUGACAUUCACUUUGCGGAAAAGGUGGAAAAAAUGAGCAUCCGGGUAGACCAGACAGUUGCUGAAUUUAAGAAGCAGCUAAAGACUUUGGUCCCUCUAUCUACAAACAACAUGCGAGUCUAUUACCUGGACCACGAAGCUCCUUUUGGACCAGAGGAGAUGAAGUUCAGCACACGUGCUCUACAUUCAUACAAUGUACGAGAUGGAAACAAAUUCUACAUAGAACCUAAAAUUAAAUGACCUUGCCUUGCUCCUCUAAAAGUAACAUAAUUAUAUGUAUAUCACACAUUUUUUUUUUUAAUUUGCCCCGAUUGCUUUUGUUCAGUCCAUUACUGCCACCCUGAGGUGUUACAGAUCUGAAACCACAUCACCAAUGCAGGGGGCAUGCCAGAACAUAAUCCUCAGUUUUAGACUUGCAGUAUACAGAUUACUUGGGUAUUUCACCUCAUCAGCUAAAAAUAGCUAAAUAAAAUGGGAGGACACUUCUGGGCAGCCCGAUGCAUUUGUGGUUGUGCAUGGAAUAUAAACUUUCUAGCCAAAACUGCAAUCACAAACUAAAUACGCUAGCAGUAUUGUGAACUGAACUCUUCUGCCUUGCCUUGGACAUAAAACAUCAAAUGUUUUUAAGGAUAUACUUCCUUUUUAACAGUGAGAUAAUUAAAUGUUUUGUAAAUUCUUUUAUUAAUUUAUUAUGAAACCAUUUCUCUUGAAUUUUAUUAUUUACCUCAUUCAUGUUCUCAAUGCUUAAGGGGCACUCCAGGUUGGGAAUAAACCAUUUAAUUGUUUAGAUAAUGCAUCUAAAAUAUAUGUGAAAACAAAAUCUAAAACAAUAAAAUAUAUUCACAUUGUAAGUUACUGCAUGUUUCCAAGUUUUGCAUUAACUGCAAGUUAGCAUUCAGAUAUGUUUUUUUUGGGGACACUUCAAAGUGCCAUACCUCCCAACAUUUGUAGGUAUGGAUUCAGGCCGCGGACAACAGGAUAACAGACAGCUGAUUCUCUCCCCCCAGAGCUAAAUUAGUAUGCCAUGACAGUACACUAACAACAGGGACUGUCCUGCCUAAAUCAGUACAGUCCCUAAUUUAGGGACAGCCUCAAGUGCUACACCAGGGCUUGGGUGUAAAUUUUAGUUCAAUUGUUAGAUUAUUUUUGACUUUUGGGAACUGUUCACUGAAAUACAACUUGCAGAAUUUUUUUCUGGUGUUUCUGCUGAUAACUGUCUAAUUAGAGAAACACUGCAGAUUAAGAGAAACAGAAAGGGGUGACAUCAUAUUUCCAUUACUUGAGCCAGCAAUAAUUAUUUUAUAAUUGCUGAGAUGAGGAACAGGGGUGACUGGAUUAAGACGCAGAAUGCUUUAUGCAAAACUUACACAAAAUCGAACAUGAAAAAAUAGAAGUAAUUAUUUAGUCCAAAAGUUGUAAAAAUGCAUACAAGUGAUAUUGGUGCCUGGAGUGUCCUUUCAGUCUUUAAUUGGAGUGUAAUUCACCUCUUGUUGCUACUUCUCUAUAGCUUUCAGUUGUUUUCCCUCUCUACCUUUCUUUUGGAAUCCAAUCCUCUAUUAAUUUGGAUUGGAAAUUAUCCUUUUUAUCCCUACACCUGUACUAUGCAUUUCCAAGUUAUUAAAUAGAAAGAAAGGCUAUGUUACCACAACUAUAUAGUGAAAAACAGUGAUCAGGGAUAGUAAGCAGACACAUUGCAGUGUCAUAGAAAAUAAGUGCUUCAAUAAAGAAAGUUAGGAAUCCAGUUAUAAAAUAUUCAACUUCACGUUCCUA